UACUGAAUCUCACAGGAAUAUCCUUACCGAGUAAUCUCAUUAAAAACACAAAUAAUCAUCAUGUAUCCAUAUGGUUCUGGAAUGCCAUACUCAUCGCAUCCAUCCACUAGUGAGCAACCUAAGGUGCCGUUUGGAGUUGGUUGGGUCUUUGCACCAGUACAGCAGAUCGUUCCACAUUCCACACCAUUCCCACUGCCAGACACACUAUCCAAUCAGCAGCAGCAACAACAGCAGUUCCAUCAAAAUCCAAAUUUCCAGCAUGUCGGCAGCGUUAGCAGCUGCCCUUAUCCACCCACGUCAGCCCCAUACCCUGGUAACACACCAUAUUCGAUCAAUCAUGUACAGAGUAUGCCGUCCCAUCAACAUAGCCAAAGCCAAUUCAAUCAGCAUCUUAAUGCAACCUACCCAGCUGGAUACACACCAGCCAUGACGUCAGCAUAUGGAUAUGAUUCUUCUAAUCAUUAUGCCCGGCAGCAGGGUCCUGGCAACGUACCAAGUUUUGGGCAUGGUCAGGUGCCGCCACAGGGGCAUGGGCAUGAGCAUAGGCAGGGGUAUGGGUAUAGUCAUGAGCACGUGCAGCACUCACUCAAUCAACGCUUUACGGCUAACAAUGAGGGAACUCCCACAUUGUUGCCGGCUCAAGUCUUUGAUCCCGUCAAGGAUGCGCACGAUUUGCGCAAAGCUAUGAAAGGCUUUGGCACAGAUGAGGAUAAGCUCAUCGAAAUCAUUUGUCGUCGCAACAACGAACAGCGCCAAGAGAUUCAGCGCCAAUACAAAACUCACUUCGGCAAGGAUCUAAUUGAAGACAUAAAAGGGGAGACAAGUGGUAAUUUCCAAAAACUACUUGUUGGCCUCUUACGCCCAAUCGUGGACUACUAUUGUGCCGAGUUGAACGAUGCCAUGGCCGGUCUGGGCACCGAUGAGGAGGUUCUAAUUGAAAUUCUGUGUACCUUAUCCAAUGUUGAAAUUCAUACCAUCAAAAAUCAAUAUUUGCGUUUGUUUGGAGCACACUUGGAGUCGGAGCUGAAAUCGGAGACCUCCGGUAACUUUAAGCGCUUGCUUAUUUCGCUUUGCGCUGCGGCGCGGGACGAGAGCGGCCGUGUAGACCCCAACAAGGCCAAAGAGGACGCUCGAGAACUUCUCAAGGCUGGUGAGCUACGUGUGGGCACCGAUGAGAGCAUGUUCAACAUGAUACUUUGCCAGAGAAACUAUCAGCAACUGAAACUUAUAUUCCAGGAGUACGAGAGUAUAACUGGACACUCGCUGGAGAAGGCGAUAAAAAAAGAAUUCUCUGGCGAUAUUAUGGAGGGCCUUAUCGCCAUCUACAAGUGUGUGACAAACAAGGCAGAGUAUUUCGCCUCGCGCUUACACAAGUCCAUGGCUGGGAUUGGCACCAAUGACAAACAGUUGAUACGAGUUAUCAUAACACGCUGCGAGAUUGACUUGGCUGACAUUAAAGUGGCUUUCGAGCGUUUAUAUGGCAAAUCAUUAAAGAGCUGGAUCAAGGGCGACACUUCUGGACAUUACAAGCACGCGCUUUAUGCGUUGGUGGGAGAGCAGCGCUCAUCUUAAAUUUAUGAAUAAUUCUAUGUUUCUACUCUAUUACAUAUUAU